AUCUAUGAUUACAACGUAGUUUGUUCGCGCGUGGGCACUGUUUUAAAGUAAUAUUUGUAAAUUAAAUUUAAGGAAAAGUGUAGAAUUUAUAAAUUCAAACAAUGCAUUUUACAAAUUGAGACUUUUUACAUCGAAUUAAGAGAAAUAAACGACAAAACUUUGAUAUAAAAAAAAAAACGAAUUCAAAGUGCUGAGUAUAAAGUUUUUGUUCUAACAUUCGUCUUUGCGUCAUACAGCCAUAGUAGACGAGAGAAUUCGCUAAAAAGCGACGCGAGUAAAAAUCGCCCUGCCUUGUGUGCUACUUCGUCUGUUCCAACUCAAACAACUGCAAAACAACGGAUCGUAGGCAUUGAUUACUGGCGCAACACACGUUUAAAAACUUUGCAUUUCUAAUUGUAGCCUAAGGUGGCUGCCCUAUAGUAAUAUUCCCUAGAAGUCAUAUAUAUAUUGACAUGGUCAUAGCGAAGUUCUCAGUUUUUAAAAAUGAUCACUACAUUUUUUCUAAAGUGGAAAAUGAAUUGAACCUUUGAAUAAAAAGGCAGCAACUGUGUAAAUAUCUACGUUAAAGCUAAACCAACACAUUUUUUACAUACAAGCACUGCAAAUUAGAAAUUACUCGGUCGAACGUAAGCAGAUAAAAUUCAUUUACAAGGAUUAAAGAAGCAAUAUUGGUCAUUUGGCUCACCUGCUAAAAUGGCCUCUUCUCCUACCCCAUCAUUGGACUCCAUACGUGGUACUAAUUCCAUAGAAUCUUACGGCGAACACACAGGAUAUUUAUCUGACUCCCCACUUACACUGAGCGGCUCAUCACCACCAGUUAGUGACUCAGCCAUUUGUGACGAAUUUACCAGCUCCUCAGGAUCCGUUAGUAAUCAGCAUCAUCCCAUUUCGGCCUCAGUAUCAUCUUCUUCGUCGUCGUCGUCUAGUAGCGGUCUAAGUGGUUGCGGCAGCACAAGUAGUGCUAAUAGUAAUAAUAGUUGCAGCAACAUAAAUAACGGUAGUAGUGGUAGUGGUGUACUUGGCGGUAUCACUUGUAACAGUAGUAACGGUCCUGGCGUCAUUGGCAGCAAUUUGAACGGUAAAGGUAGUCCGUCGAGCAGCAAUCUACUUACCAAUAAUAGCAUUGUAAGCGUAUCCACAGCUAAUGGUGGUGCCGUACCGCGUUGCACCGCUUGUAAGAGUAAACAAUCAGAUGCUGUGGCGAGAUGUUUUGAGUGUAUUAGCUAUUUAUGCGCCAAUUGCGUUACAGCUCAUCAAUUUAUGCACUGUUUUAACGGGCAUAAUGUCUCAUUAAUAAAAGGUUUUGAUACGACCACAAAUAACGUGACCACAGCACCAUCAACGACAUCAACGUCCUCAGUCACCGCCACAAACUUAGCAGGCCCUACGUCCAGUAAUCUGACUACAAACGAUUUAAAGUUAUCUAGUUCGCUAACUAUGAUGUUACAACAACAACAGCAGCAGCAACAACAACAGCAACAAAUCACCAAAUUUACGCAACUCUCCAAAAUGGUAAUGAAUUCGCAUCUUGUUGGUAGUAAUAAUGCCGCUAUAUUGGGCGAUAAUGGUGAACAAUUGGAGAAUAGCAGUAACGCUGAUGAUUUAUUUGGCAAUAUAGUGCCACAAUUACGUUCAACAUCGUAUUGUCGUCGCCACAAAAAUGAAGCUUUGAAAUUCAAUUGUCGCACAUGCUGCAAGAUUGCUUGCAAUGAAUGUGUCCUGCAAGAGCAUUCUGCCGGCUUACAUGAAGUUGAACAUAUACAAGAACAUCAAUUAUCGACAGUUUUCCCACCGAAUAAUACGUCGACAACAGCAACGUUCAGCAGCCAACAACAAUCGUCGUCCGAAACGGUGUUGCAAACUGUAUUGACUGAAUUACGUGGAAAAAUUGCCGAAAUUGUAUCGCUGGUCAGUAGUAAUUCUGAUAAUAAUUCCAGCAAAAUAAAAAUGCAAUAUCAAAAAGCACACAAUGAGGUCAAUGAGACUUAUCAAUUCUUCUGUUCGAUGAUUGACGAGCGUAAGCAAGAGGUUUUGAAGGAACUGGAGAGUUUAUAUAAUGCCAAAGUGGCAUCGAGCAGUGUCUGGUUACAGCGCUCCAAGGAACUCAUUGAGAAAGCCGUGCAUACAUGCGAUAGUUUGGAACGUUCACCGAAAACACACAGUGUCACCGAUGUUUUAAUGUUGCGCAAAAUGCUUGAACAACAGCUACAAACCGCUUUAAUGGAUAUGCAAUUGCCAUUUGAAUUGGAAUUUGUUUCAAAUUACCAGUCCAUACAGGCGGGUGUACGCAACACGUUCGGUUAUGUUAGACCAGGCAAUGUUGAAACAACUAGUGGUGGUCAAUUAGUUAAACAGCCACCCAUUGCCAGACCAACACAGAGCUCAUCCAAUAGUAGCAGCAGCAAUAGUAGUCUCAGCGGUGUGGGUUCAGCACAUUUGCCACUCGGUUUGGGCUUGUCGAGUAGCCUCCUUGACACCUACAAUAAUGCUGUGGUUGGUAGUGGUGUAAACGGUGUUGGCGGUAUACUUGGACGUAGCGGCAAUCAUAAUUUGAUUGGCAACGGUGGCGCAAAUAGUAACGCAAAUUUCGAAGAGUUGAUGGCUAAACGUUAUCAUAACCAUGCAACGGCCGUCAAUGGUGUUAUUGCACCAUAUGUCAGUGUUAAUCCUUAUGAGAAAUGGAGUAAUGGCGGUAGUGAUAAUAUUUUCUCUACUACAGAUCCAUUUUCAAGCGCACAAUUACUUAACUCACUGACAAGCAGUGUGGGCGCCAAUAGCAGCGCACUCAGUGCACUAACUGUACAAGGUAGUAAUGCAUCUACCGAUUCGCUAAUGGAUCUAACUUCGAAACUGCUCUCUACCUCCACUUAUCCACCUAAGUCACAAAUUAAGCGCCAGAAAAUGAUUUACCAUUGUAAAUUUGGUGAAUUCGGUGUGCUGGAGGGACAAUUCACCGAACCCAGUGGUGUUGCAGUAAACGCACAAAAUGAUAUAAUUGUCGCCGAUACGAAUAAUCAUCGCAUACAGAUUUUCGAUAAAGAAGGUCGUUUCAAAUUUCAAUUUGGUGAAUGUGGUAAACGUGAUUCGCAACUCUUGUAUCCAAAUCGUGUAGCUGUCGUGCGUAAUUCCGGUGAUAUAAUUGUUACCGAACGUUCACCAACGCAUCAAAUACAGAUCUACAAUCAGUAUGGACAAUUUGUGCGUAAAUUCGGUGCCAACAUAUUGCAACAUCCACGCGGUGUCACCGUGGACAACAAAGGACGCAUCAUUGUUGUGGAGUGCAAAGUGAUGCGCGUCAUCAUUUUCGAUCAGAAUGGCAAUGUGAUUCACAAGUUUGGCUGCAGCAAGCACUUGGAGUUUCCCAAUGGUGUUGUGGUCAAUGACAAACAGGAGAUUUUCAUCAGUGACAAUCGUGCACAUUGCGUUAAAGUCUUCAAUUAUGAGGGUCAGUAUUUGCGACAGAUUGGUGGCGAAGGCGUCACCAACUAUCCAAUCGGUGUUGGCAUAAAUGCGAAUGGUGAAAUUUUAAUUGCUGACAAUCAUAAUAACUUCAAUUUGACGAUUUUCACGCAAGAAGGACAACUAGUGAGCGCACUGGAAUCAAAGGUUAAACAUGCACAAUGCUUUGAUGUAGCACUCAUGGACGAUGGCAGCGUCGUACUGGCUAGCAAAGAUUACCGUCUAUACAUUUACAGGUAUGUUCAGGUCCCACCAAUUGUUAUGUAAAUGUGGAGAAUAGUAAAGCAAACAAAACAAAAAACUUACGCAUAAUUACCUAAAUGUUAAGUCGGUGUAAUAUGUAAAGGAUAAGCAAGCUUGCAAGUCGUGUGGCAGUUACCGAAACGUGAAGCUGCACCGAUGCCGGUAAACGUUUUUAUUUACAAUAAUCUAAUCUUUAUAUUAAAUGUUAUGUGUGUAUACGGUCGUUCAUUGGUAAGGCCACUUGCAUAAGAUAAUUAUUAUUAUUACGAUUAUUAUUAUUAUUACUUUUUGCACAGAUAAGAUUGACACGCAAUUAUGCAUUGUAUGUACCUAUUAUAAAGUGUACAUAUGUUUGUUGUACCCAGUUGUCCUGCUAUUUUUGAUACUUCGAAAGCAAAAGAGCA